UAGACUCAGUGUUGGAGGUUGCCAUGGUUACCGUUUCACCGGCCAAUCAGGUGAGGCUUUCCUCAUGAAUAUUAAUGAGCCUGCCCUUGUACACUACUCCAGUCCAGUAGGUGGCAGUAACACACCAUGGCGGUGUUCACUCAGCUCUGAGUGUAGAUCACAAAAUGUGACUGAAAUGUCCGUGUCAAGAUUACCACCUUCUGCACUGACCCUCAAACAGUUUUUGCAGAGACAGAAAGUUUUAGGUCUGUACCGUAAUAUGCUGAGGACAAUCCGCCAAGUUCCAGAUGAAGCAGAUCGUAAAUAUUUGAAGGACUGGGCAAGAGAGGAGUUCAAGAGGAACAAGGAGGCCACAGAUCAGAUAGUUUUUAAGAUUGCCUUUGACAAAAGAAGAACAUAUUGAAAUCAUUCUCAUGGCUGGAUCCAACGUUUCUAGCUGUUAUGUUGUAAGCGAACAGGAACUGACUUGCUUCCUGAACUUUCUACGAUGAUUAAACGGUGCUGUGGUAUAAGAGGAAUAAAACACUGCUGUGUUAUUUGAAAAUAAUCAACCUCUGGGUUGUAACUCCACUUCAGGCCUCAUCACACCACCUUGGCGUUGAUGAGUUUUCUAUAACAGCACACACACAUAUAAGUGUUUUAUUCAGUUAAAAAAAAAAAUAUAUAUAUAUAUAGCCAGAAUGCCUGAGGUCAUACACUCUAUACAUGAGCAGUGUUCAGUUUUAUUUUUGAGAUGACAACAUGAAGCAUACAAACCAGGAAGUCAUAUUUUGUAAUACCAGACCAACUUUGAUUUUAUUCCAGUAUAAGAUGUGAGUAAAAAAAUCUCACUGUUCCAGUAUAACUGUUGAUCAGUGUCGCUA